UGGAAAUUAUAUGGAUGGUUUAUGUUAGGUUGGAAGAAUGGCUGGUCAAUUUGCCAAGCCAAGAUCAGAUGCAUAUGAAACAAGGGAUGGAGUGAAGCUGCCAAGUUAUAAGGGAGAUAACAUAAACGGAGACACCUUCGAUGAGAAAUCAAGAAUCCCCGAUCCUAACAGAAUGAUUCGGGCCUAUUGCCAGGCUGCCUCAACCCUCAACCUUCUCCGGGCCUUUGCCACCGGAGGCUACGCUGCAAUGCAGAGGGUUACUCAGUGGAAUCUUGAUUUCGUCGAAAACAGCGAGCAGGGAGAUAGGUAUCAAGAACUGGCUCACAGAGUGGAUGAAGCCCUCGGAUUCAUGGAGGCAGCUGGGCUUACAAUCGACCACCCAGUUAUGUCCACAACUGAUUUCUGGACUUCACAUGAGUGCUUAUUGCUACCUUACGAACAAGCACUCGCGAGAAAGGACUCUACUUCUGGGCUCUACUAUGGCUGCUCAGCCCACAUGCUGUGGGUCGGCGAACGAACCAGGCAACUCGAUGGGGCCCACGUCGAGUUCUUGAGAGGAGUUGCUAAUCCCCUCGGUAUCAAGGUGAGCCAAAAGAUGGAUCCGAAUGAACUUACGAAGCUCAUUGAUAUAUUGAACCCAACUAACAAGCCGGGGAGAAUUACGGUUAUAGUGAGAAUGGGUGCUGAGAAUAUGAGAGUUAAGCUUCCUCAUUUGAUUAGGGCUGUUCGUGGAGCGGGGCAGAUUGUUACUUGGGUUUGUGAUCCAAUGCAUGGGAACACAAUUCAGGCUCCGUGUGGACUCAAAACCCGUGCUUUUGAUGCAAUCUUGAACGAAGUGAGGGCUUUCUUUGACGUGCACGAGCAAGAAGGCAGCAACCCAGGUGGCAUUCAUCUCGAAAUGACCGGACAAAACGUGACCGAGUGUAUCGGAGGAUCAAGAACCGUGACGUACGAUGAUUUGAGCUCAAGGUACCACACACACUGCGACCCGAGAUUAAAUGCUUCGCAGUCUCUUGAGCUUGCCUUUAUCGUCUCCGAGAGAUUAAGGAAGAAGAGAAUGGAUUCUCAACGCUUGACCGCUUGAGGUUUUUUUUUUUAAGGUUGUUUCGGAUUUCGAACUUUAUCAUAUAGCUAUAAUCGGCCGAUAAUUUGGCUAUAAGAAUCUUGGAUUUGUAUUUGUUGGAGAAUAAUUCUGUGUAGGUUAUCUGAAGAUUGUGUUUUCGUCAAGAAUAAAUGUACUUAUAGAGAUUUCGAAACUAUUUCGACUAUAAAUUAUUUGUUUGGCUAUUUCGAAACUAUUUCGACAAUAAAUUGUUUGUUAAGAAUAAUUUUAUUUCAUUUUUCC